AUGAGAAUUUUGUCUUGCGAAAUCAAUAAAGUACCAGUAACAGUUAUACUAGAUUCCGGUGCUAAUUGUAAUAUUAUAGGUGAGGGGGUAGUAAAUGGCGUAGGCUUGAAAAUCGAUGACACCUGCGAUGCAGAAAUAUAUAAUCCCAUUAGCAAAGUCGAUGUAUUGGGAAUAAUUGGUGGAAUAGAGAUUUCGAUCCUAUCUCAAGGCCCUAAAUGGAAACAAGUAAAAGUUACCGAUAUUUUUGUUUCUAAUAAACCCGAACUUGAUUCUGUACUGAUAUUGGGUCAGCCGUGGUUCCAGGAAAAUGCAAUGAAAGUGGACUUCCCAAAUAAAAUUCUUACAUUGUUUGAUGGAACUAUUAUACAAUUAGUUAUUGGACCAAAAAUUCCACCAACACAACUCAAUCGGUCCGUGGAUGAUUACUUCAAGAUGAUAAAGGUAUAUGCUAUAGCAUUGGAUAUCGACUUAGAUAAUCAAGACUUUAAGGAAACUUUCUUUAAUGGCCUAUUACGAGAUAAUAAAAAAGAAGUAAUUCGAUUCGGCUUUAAAAAGCCUCUGAAUGAAAUAGUUGAGCAUUUAAAAUAUAUCUCAACCGGGCCUACUGAUAUUCAAAAAUUUCAAUUCGGGAAUUUGAGACAAGAGGAGAGUUCGAUAAUGGAUUUUUACAUGAAAGUAGAAAAAUAUUGUAAAUUAGCUGGACAUAAUGAAGAUCAUCUUAAACAUCAAUUUAUCCGUGGAUUGUCACCCGAGAAUCAGAUAGAAACCAGAAGAUGUGGAUUGGACCUUCCAUUAGAUGAGUUAGUAGAAAGGCUGAGCACUUUGGAGAAUAUCGAGAAAAUUCAAAGUGAGGGAAAAACCCCAGUAAAAGCAUUAAUCGAUACAACAUCUAAAUCCAAUAUUAUUAGCAAGCGCUUGUAUAAUAAGCUUGAAGAAGAUUAUGGGUUAGAAGGUAUAUCCGAUGAUGAUUUGAUAGGCAAAGAAAUAAAAUGCUUAGAUUUGCAAUUUCGGUAUAAAGGAAAGUGGCGAAGCUUAGAUGGUACCGAAGUAAUAGAUUUUCAAAUUCGCAAAAAUCCAUCAUUUGAUUUGGUGCUAGGACAGGAUUGGUUAUGGAUGCGCGAAGCAAAAAUUAGCUUUGGAUUUUCUCUGGAAAAUUGUAAGCGCUAUGCUAAAAUUGAGAUAGAUGGUAUGAGUAUCCCAUUAAUCGAAGAAGAUAGCAGACCUACAGGCGACUCUUCGAGCCAUAAAGCCAGCUCCACUAAAAAUAACUUAUCUAUUGCAGAGCAAUGGGACUUUGUCCCUAAAUCAACGGAAUCUAAACCUGGUCUAGCUCAAGAGGAGGUUAUAAACAUAAUCAACAAAAUUCUCUCAGGUGCUCAAGAUAUUAAACACCAAAAGAGCCAUCGCGGAAUAUUUCACAAUAUACCUCCCGCACCUCCAACACCCAGAAGAUUAAAUGACGAUGUUUCCAAAAAUAGCGGAGCUGGUAAGAUUAAGAAAUAUCUUAAAAUAGAUUUAAGUGAUGGGAGUGGAAAGCUUUCAAUAAAAACACACCUCAAUAAUAUUUGGAAGUCGGUUCAUUCUAUAGAAAAUGAUAUAGAGUAUGGAGUUUUUGAAAAACUUCGUAUUAUUGAGUAUGAACUAAGUUGUAUAAAUAAAGCAAAGCUACCAUGGAUAAAAUCUGAGACAGAUCCUUCUAAAUCAUCCAGCUCUGAUUCAGAAUCCACAGAUUCAGACUGGUAUGAUCUCGACCCAAUAAAACCCCGAAAGAAUCGUGUUCAUGUUAAAAAGAAAAAGUGA